AUGUCUCUCACUGUGUUGACAGACACGGAUAUCAAACAUCUUCUUCAAGAUCUCACUAUUAGAGAUGUGGAAGCUUUCCAGGAUAAAAUGAGACGAGCUCUUCAUGAGUAUUCUACAGGGACACAGGACGAUGACUGUUGCAGUCUACAUCAGCCUAGAAGAACAAUUCUCGAGUCAAAACAUAAAAGAACAACACUCUUUAUGCCCUCUACUGCAUCUGCAGGAAUUGGGAUGAAAGUUGUGACUCUUCCUCAGCCAAGUUCUUCCAGUGAGGUUUUAGAUUCCGACUCUGUAUCUACCUCCUCAUCAACCAAAAACACAAGCACCCCUCAGGGUUCCCUCACACUCAUGGAUAAAACAGGGCUACCGUUUGGCUUUCUUAAUGCAUCAGAAACGACAGCUUUUCGCACAGCCCUAGCUUCCUCUCUUCUUAUCACACCCCGUACCAAGGUCAAAACUAUAACUGUCUUUGGUGCGGGGAAGCAAGCGUUCUGGCACAUCCGUCUUGCUCUUAUUAUCCGCGGCUCAACUAUUAAACAAAUAAACAUAAUAUCCCGCGCUUUCACAGAUCGUGUUCGUGAUCUAAUGACAGCGUUUUUUGAAAUACCAACUGCCACGAAAGAGCGAGAAGGUUGGAGCAAUGCGAAAUUCUCAGUUCUUAGUCCUGCCUAUGGAGAAUUUACUCGCCUCGAAAAGGAGUAUAUUCGAGCUGCAGAUGUUAUUUUCUGCACGACUGCCUCUACCUCACCCCUAUUUCCUCAUUCCAUUUUGACAAACACGGAAGGUCGUAAGAAGGGUCGCCUCAUUGUCGCAAUAGGCAGUUAUAAACCUCACAUGAUCGAAAUACCUCUCGAAGUUGUAGCACAAGCAAUCAAAGUUCAUGGCAGUGGCCAUCAUUUCCAUAGACAUGCCGAGGAAGGUCGGGUAAUCGUAGUUGACACGAUAGACGGAUGCAAAGAAGAAGCAGGAGAGAUAAUCCAAGGCAACGUUUCGGCAAAGAAUCUGGUGGAACUAGGUGAACUGGUAAUGCUAUCCCAUGGAAUCGAUCCUCUUAAUCAUUCUUCUGCUAUUGAUGAUUCAGAUGAAUCCACACGCAACUCACUUGAUUUCCACCAACUAAAUUUGAACGGUCCCGGAACAGGAGACGGUAGCGAAACACCAACCCCCAGCUCACCCCUCGCCCGCAGCAUGGCCAACGUAUUCAACACCGAACACUCUAUCUCGCCCUCCCCUUCGACCUCCCGCACUCCCUCCCGCAAAUCAUCCUUCUCCUUCCGCAAACCCAAAUCCAGAACAGGAUCCGCAAGCACAAGUACUACUGGCUCAAGCGGCACAUUGGGCAUGCUGGGAAAGGAGGUGCAGGCAGAAAAAGAAGAUGCAAUGAUUAGAUGGUUGAGGAAUGGAAACGUUAUAUAUAAGAGUGUGGGGAUAGGACUCAUGGAUUUGGUGGUGGGGGCUGAAUUAGUUAGGUUGGCGAGGGAAAGGGGGGUGGGUGUUUGUGUGGAGGGGUUUUAA